AGCACGAUUAAACUCUGAUAAUACCUCGUGCUAUACGCGGAAGCGCGUUUCGACUCUAUCGCGGUGAUGAUGAAGUCGUUACUCAAAUUAAGGGAGGAACCAACAGGAGACAUCGAACGACGGCAUCGCUCCGUGCGAGAUGUUCAUUUUCAUUCCAUCGAGUUUGUCGAGCGGUUUACCUAGUGCGGCUGACCGGGUUCUGUUAAUUUUGUGCGUCGGAAUAACGUAUUAUUAACGACGAUUCGCGAUUUUGCGUUAUAUCUUUUAUCUUUCUAACGAUAGCGAGUCAUAGCGCAACCAAAUUUUUUCUCCGUGUUCGUGUAAAACAAUGUUCAGUAUAAAUACGAAAUUGUUUAAGGAAUAUCCUCUGGGAAGCAUGAAACUGAGCAGAAAUGAACGUUGUUCAUGAAUAAUGCGUGAGCUGGUUAUUAAUCGCUUUUGAAAAGUAUCUUCCCAACAUAAUUGGAGAACAAUUGGACGGAGACGUGCUUUUUGUGUCAGCCGCAUACCAAUCGAGACGCGGAUCGGUCAUACCGUUGUAUAUAAAUAGUCGUAGGAGAAAGAUAGAGAGAAAGAGAAAGAGAGAGAGAGAGAGAGAGAAAGAAAAAGAGAGAAUGCUAACAUUGGCGCGUGAUUGGUCCCUGAGAUCAACAAUCUCAGUGAGAUUGAGCUGCGCACAAUCAAAAGGCCUGUUCUUUUUGGCUGAACUUUUGCACCAGUUUAUCUUUCUUUCUCUUCUUUCCUCCAGGAGAGAAAAGGAAGAAAGAUGAAUAAAAAGAUGGAAAUAGGAAAACAGAGACCAAAAAUUUCAAUCUAUCAGGAACUGUAUUCCACAGUACAUGAUUUCUGAUAGAUUGAAAUUCUUGUUCUCUGUUCCCCAUUCCUUUGAUUGUGCGCAGCCACUUAUCGUAGUUAAAGGAUCCCGCGAGUGUUGAUGAUGCGUGCGUGACGUUUCUCGACGCAAUGUUCGAAUUACGAAGUCGGAAGUAAGGGCUGUGAACUGCAGCAGAUCGACUAACAAAUAGACCGAUUAUGUUAUCUGAAACCAUGCGAUAACAACACCAUUAUUGAUAUCAUUCCGCUGAUCACCCUAUUAUCUCUUCAGUAUUACAACGUGUGACUAAGACCUUCCAACAAUCAUGUGGGGCGCUUUAUUGGAACCGUUUUUAUUUCUCUUUAUCCUGAAAUUAUUUGUUGCUAUUGGAAAUACAUAUCCAAUUACUGAUUCAGAACUUUCAAGGAAUAAUAAUAUAAUGACGUCCAUAAAUGAUUCAGCCGCAACAGUUACGCCUUAUGUAUGUGUUUACAUAUCACCGAAUUUAGAUUUUUGUAAAUUCGUCAGUUAUAAAUCCAAAGAAAAUCUCUGGAAUUCAGAGCACAAACUAUUGGAAAAUAAAAAGCACAAGUUAAUGGAGAGUAAUAAAAUGUACUUUACAUCACGCCCAUUGACGCAUGUUCCAGGAGCAAAAAAAUUUCAAAAUUAUCCAUUUGUAAAAACUAUAAUAUAUGAAAUACAAAGAUGCAUACCGCCGAGAUUGCCAUUUGUUUUACCUUGGUGCACCGAUGAAGAUCUUUCCGAUAAGAAGAACGAGAUCCGCCGGCUUUAUCCUUUCAUGAUAGAUGGUUUUUCAAAAGCAACGUACGAAUUUCCUAUGUAUGAUUUUCUUAAACAAAGUCGAGUGAUGCCAAAAUCGGCAUAAUUUGACAUAUACACAAUGUGUAAAUUGAUGAAUUUAAAUGGUCAUUAAGAGUCAUGUCUAAAGCCUGGUGAUAUUAGAUAAAAAGAUAUUCUUAUUCAGUUUUAUUAUUUUAUCAUUUCUAUCAAGAAUCUCGUUGAUAAAUCCACAAUGUCAAAAAGGACAAUAAAAAUAACACAUGUAAUACAAAAUUUUUAUACAUAUGAGUAUACAUAUGUAAGAACUGAAGAGUGUAUACAUUUCGCAAAGAUUGACAAGUUGAAAGAAUGAUUGAGAGUAUAUAAUUUAAUGAAAGACUGCAAAGUGAGAUGUAAUUAAAAAUAGAAAGUUCUUUAGCAUUAAGCAAUGAGAAAUUUUUCAGCAAUAGAUUGUAAUAAAAAGCAAAAGUAAUGCAAUAAUGUUAUUGCAUCAAAUUGUUAAUUUCAUUAUUUAACAUAACAAUACUUUUGAUAGCAAUAUUAAU